AUGCGCUUCUUCCUGGCUGCGUGGCUUUGCCACUUGGCUGCUGCUUCAUUGACUAUCACCAUCUCUCCGUCUUCCCUCCUCCCCCACCCCCAUUCUCUCCCCGCAACCACUCAUGCCACCCUUACCACCUCGGAUCGCGUCCUAACGGCUUCGCUCACCCGAUCGUCAACUUUGGUGUUCUCCGAUAUCCCCUCAUCCGGCCCUAACUCGUACCUUCUUGAUAUUCGUUCCGGCGAAUGGGUCUUUGCUCCCUAUCGUGUCGACGUGGCCGCCGAUGGAACCGUCCUCGGGAUUUGGGAGACUUUCCGAGGCAACCCGUGGGACAAUCGCGGCGCGGAGAAAUAUGUCGUUGAUAUUGCGGGAAAGGCACAGGGUGAUAUCGUGAUCGAAGCCAAGGUGGUCGGUCGCAGAGGAUUUUAUGAGGAACGCGCCAAAUUUUCGCCAAUGAGUCUUGUCAAAAAUCCGAUGAUCUUGCUUGCAAUUGUCGCCCUAGGUUUCACCCUAGGCAUGCCCAAGCUGAUGGAAAACAGUGCGUUCCCUCAACUUCCCUUCCCGACAAUGGCAGUGGACCCUGAGAUGCGUGCUGAGUUUGAGCAGCACUCCCGAUCGUCCCCGAUCACAGGUGCUACAAGCAACGCGAUGGCCGGAGGUGGUUUCGAUCUGGCCGGGUGGAUGGCUGGCACCUCAUCCGGUCCUACCGCUGAUGCCGACGCUGCCCGUGGAGAAGCAACAGGUCGGGAUACAGGCGCGGCGCGGCGCCGAGGCUAG